GGCUGAAGCCGACACCCCAACAUCGGGGUAACGCAGUGUACUGUACAGACCUGGGAACUUCUCCAAGGGAACAGGCCAAAGGGUCAUCGACUGGAGGGACCACCCAGGAACCGCCCUCUGUCCCAUCGCGGGGCACAUCCUCAGAUUCCCUGCUGGACACAACUUGGGAACCCCAGGAAUCAACAACAGAAGAGUCUGGUCCUGGUUUGACCACCACCCCUGCCGGGUCUAUGAGCUCAGACCUGGAGGCUUCCACAAUGGAUCAGCCCGAUGGAUCAUCUACAGGACAACCCACCCCAUCACCAUCCGCUGUCUCAGUGGGAGAGACAUCCUCAGGUUCUGGGACUUCCACAGAGAAACAGUCUGAAGGGUCACCCACUGGAGAAUUUUCCCAAGAAACAUCUUCUGUCCCAGUAGGAGACACAACUUCAGAUUCCCAUUCCGACACAACUCAGGAAGCACAGCGAUCAGCGACAGGUGAACCUGGUCCGGGUUUGAUCACCACACCAGCUGGGUCGAUGAGCUCAGAACUGGAGGGUUCCACACUGGGACAAACUAAAGGAUUAUCUACUGGAGAACUCACCCAGACACCGUCCUCUGUCCCAGCGGGAGACAUAUCCUCAGAUUCCCAGUCAGACACAUCUUGGGAACCCCAGGGAUCAGCGACUGGAGACUCUGGUUCAGACCUGGAGGCUUCCACAAUGGAUCAGCCCGAUGGAUCAUCUACAGGACAACCCACCCCAUCAUCAUCCUCUGUCUCAGUGGGAGAGACAUCCUCAGAUCCCCAGUCAGACACAUCUCAGGAACCCCAGGGAUCUGUGACUGGAGGACCUGGUCCGGGUUUGUCCACCACCCUAGCAGGGUCUGCAAGCUCAGGUCGUGGGACUUCCACAGAGAAACAGUCUGAAGGAUCAUCCACUGAAGAUUUUUCUAAGAAAACGUCUUCUGUCCCAGCAGGAGGGAUAACUUCAGGUACCAAGUCUCGUGAAAGUGUGUGA